ACUCCGUCAGGGGGAUAACGAUCGCCAUUUUUAAAUUGUUAGAAGUGUGUCCGAUUUCAGUUGCAGUUAUCAGUUAAAGUCGAUCAUGCCUACUUUCGUUAUAAGUACUAAUUUACCUAAAGACAAAAUACCCGCCGACUUUCUUAAAGUAGCGGCCGACACUUUGGCUAAAACGUUGGGUAAACCGUUAUCGUAUAUUGUUGUCCAAGUGAUACCCGACCAGAUGAUUUCUUGGGGUGGAGGUUCCGAUCCCUGCGCCAUAGCCUCGGUGAUGAGCAUCGGCCAACUGGGAGUGCAGGAGAAUAAGAAGCAUUCUGCCGUUCUCUUUCAACUGGUAGAAAAGUAUUUGGGCAUAGCAGGAGACAGGAUGUAUAUAAGUUUUGUGGACGUGGACAAAUCAAACGUGGGAUACGUAGGAAAAACAUUCCACGACAUCCUGUGAUUUCUACUUUCCAGUCAGAGUUUUACGAAAUACUUUCAAAACAUGUUUCGUAGAAUAUCUUAUAUUUUGAAAAAGAAUGAUAUAUAAUCAAAAUCUAUGGUGUAAAAGAAUCAUGUUUAAAUUGAAUGUUUUAAUAAAGAGAUCUUUCCAAUUUUG